UGCCACCUCUGCAUGGCUGCGACCCGGCGAGCGGAGAGUCGUAGCCGCUGAGACCUGGUGCCCUUCGACGGCCUGGCUGAUUAGGGACCCUGCCGCAGAGCGCAUCCCCCCCACCGCGGGCCCCCAGCUCAGCCAUGCUGGCCUGCCUGCAGAGGACCCAGAACGCCCCCGGCCAACACCUGGCCUGCCCGACCAAGAGCCUGGAGCUGCGCAAGUGCGAGACGGUGGCCAGCUCCAUGCAUUCCUCCCGCUACCCGAGCCCGGCCGAGCUGGACGCCUACGCCGAGAAGGUGGCCAACAGCCCGCUCUCCAUCAAGAUCUUCCCCACCAACAUCCGCGUGCCCCAGCACAAGCACCUCAGCCGCACCGUCAACGGCUACGACACCAGUGGCCAGCGCUACAGCCCCUACCCGCCGCAUACGGCCGGCUACCAGGGCCUGCUCGCUGUCGUCAAGGCCGCCGUCUCCUCCUCCGGCGUGGCUGCGCCCCCCGGGCUCACCAAAAGCGUGCUCAAGAGCGCCGAGGGCAAGCGGACCAAGCUGUCGCCGGCCGCCGUGCAGGUGGGCAUCGCGCCCUACCCGGCGCCCAGCACUCUGGGGCCCCUGGCCUACCCCAAGCCGCCCGAGGCGCCCGCCCCGCCACCUGGCCUGCCCGCGGCCGCGGCCACCGCCGCCUCCGUCAUCCCCCUGCCCGGCCGCGGCCUGCCCCUGCCACCUUCCAACCUGCCCUCCAUCCACAGCAUCCUCUACCAGCUCAACCAGCAGUGCCAGGCCCAAGGCGCUGCGCCCGCCGCCUGCCAGGCCGUGGCCGUUCCCCACCCCAGCCCAGCCAAGCACGGCCCGGUGCCCAGCUUCCCCAGCCUGGCCUACCCAGCCACUGCCGGCCCGCCCGACUGCCGGAAGGGCGCCGAGCUGGGCCAGGGAAGCACGCCGGCCUUGACGUUGGCUGGGGCCACCAAGCCCACAGGGUACGCAGACGGGGGCCUGGAUUACCUGCUGUGGCCGCAGAAGCCGCCACCGCCGCCGCCCCAGCCACUGCGGGCCUACAGCGGCGGCACAGUGGCCAGCAAGUCCCCCGAGGCCUGUGGGGGGCGGGUAUACGAGCGGGCCGGCGGGUCGCCCGUCAACUGCGGCGUGGGGCUGCCCACCAGCUUCACCGUGGGCCAGUACUUCGCCGCCCCCUGGAACAGCGUGCUGGUGACCCCGACCAGCGACUGCUACAAUCCGGCAGCCGCGGCAGUGGCCGUGACCGAGCUGGGGCCGGGGGUGGCCCGGGAGCUGGCGGGGCCCCCGGCGGAGACCCUCUCAGGCCUGCCCAGCAAGAGCGUGUGCAACACGGCCGUGCUGAGCAGCAGCCUGCAGUCACUGGAGUAUCUCAUCAACGACAUCCGGCCCCCAUGCAUCAAGGAGCAGAUGCUGGGCAAGGGCUACGAGACGGUGGCUGUGCCCCGGCUGCUCGACCACCAGCACGCCCACAUCCGCUUGCCCGUCUACAGAUAAGGCCUGCCUGGCAGAUGCACAGACGGACAGGGCGCCCAGGGGGGAGGCAGGCCGCAGAACAGGGUGGGCAGCACGCGGGGCGGGGGCGCCAGCCCCGCCCUGUGUCCGAGUGCCCAUUGAUGCCCACAGGGAGGCCAGGCCGGCUGCUGCCGGCUGCUGCCGACGGGGAGCGGCAA